AAUUUCUGCAUCAUUGGGAGAACUAUCGUCGUCGUCAUCAUCAUCACCAUCAUCACAGUGCAUUGUUUAGUUUGAUGAAAAGUUGGUUGUGGUUAUUGCUGAUUCUCGUCGAAACAGUUUUUGCAGUGCAUAUAUAUAUUUAGUGGCGAGUAGUGGAUUACUUCAUAUACAUAUCUUAUCUUACGCAGUAAAAAUAGACUUUUAGAAUGUAACGUGACUUUAAUUUACCGCAUAGUUACAGUUAUUUGUUUGUGACUUUCAGUUUCAGUUCUUCUCCUUCUCCUUCUUCUUCUUCUUCCAAUUCGUGUUGAGUUAUUACCUAGUCAUUUGUGACUAUCAAAAAAGAUAUCCAACAAAAAAGUUUGAUCAUCAUGAUGGACGCGGUAGAGAUGAAGGAACACCUCGCUCGCUAUGGACAAGAGCAUCUUCUCCAGUUCUGGGACUCAUUGGAAGAAAGUGAGCAGAAAGAGUUGUACAAGGAUAUCAAAGACCUCAACUUUGACGAGGUGACGCGAAACUUUCAGAACACCAUGUCCUGCGAGAAUGAAAAUGCAGAAAACGGCGGAAAACUGGACGAUCGGUUGCAACCAAUUCCGACCGAAAUUCAUGGCGCAGUCGUUCGCACGGAUGCAAAUACGUUGCAAAAGUAUGAAAAUGAAGGUUUGAGACUCAUUAGUCUUGGGAAAGUUGCCGUCUUGCUGUUGGCUGGUGGUCAAGGAACUCGUCUUGGAGUGUCCUAUCCUAAAGGCAUGUACGACGUGGGGCUCCCAUCUCGAAAAACUCUUUACCAGUUGCAGGCUGAACGCAUCUUGCGACUCGAAUUUCUGGCACAUGCCUCCGCUUCUUCCGACCAUGAUGGCAGCAUUCCAUGGUACAUCAUGACAAGCGAGCACACUAAGGAGCCUACUUUGGAGUUCUUCCGACAACGGUCUUAUUUCGGAAUGAAGCCAGAAAACUUGGUUGUGUUCGAACAGGGAAUGUUGCCCACUUUCACCACGGAUGGUCAAAUCAUUUUGGAGAACAAGCACAAAAUUUCCAAGGCCCCGGACGGCAAUGGAGGACUGUACCGAGCUUUGCGUGAAAAGGGAAUUUUGAAUGACAUGGAGAAGCGUGGAAUUGAAUACGUCCAUGUUUACUGUGUGGAUAACAUUCUUGUCAAAAUGGCAGACCCAACAUUUAUUGGAUACUGCUACAGCAAGGGAGCUGAUUGCGGGGCCAAGGUUGUAGAAAAAGCCUUUCCCACCGAGGCCGUUGGCGUAGUGUGCAAAGUUGACGGACAUUACCAGGUCGUCGAGUACUCAGAAAUCACGUUGAAAACUGCACAGAAACGAAAUAUUGAUGGACGCCUUGCCUUCAGUGCGGGUAGCAUCUGCAAUCACUUUUUUACUACAGAAUUUCUUCGAAGGGUCACCAGCGGGCCCGAGAAUGAGAUGAAGCACCACAUUGCCGAGAAGAAGAUCCCCUACGUGAACAGCUUGGGUGAACUUGUCCACCCCGAGCGUCCUAACGGUAUCAAGUUGGAAAAGUUUGUGUUCGACGUAUUCCAGUUUUCCAACAACUUUGUCGUCUGGGAAGUCCUUCGGGAAGAUGAGUUUAGUCCCUUGAAGAAUGCGGACGGGGCGGAAAAGGACACUCCCACUACGGCGCGACACGCCCUCUAUUCCCUCCACCAACGCUUCAUCCUCUCGGCCGGGGGCCGUUUCAUCGACGAAGCGGGACACCCCAUCCCACUAAUUCCUAGUAUCUUGAAUAACAACGCUAUUCAACUGGAGAACAACAACAACGAGAUUCAAAAGUCCUGCACGAGUUACAAGUCCCCCGUGGUGGUGGAAAUAUCCCCCCUCGUUUCCUACGCGGGUGAGGGGUUGGAGGCAGCCGUUCUCCGCAAGGAUUUCACCCCACCCGUCUGCCUUAUCUCCGGGACCGAAAAGGUCACCCCGUCUUCUGCAGAUGGUCACCCCGACCUCAAAGGCGAUGUCUCCCUCAAAGUGCACACCGUUCAACCCAUGGCUCAACAACUACCUAUCCGCAGCAACUAUUAAACACAAAAAUAUUGUAAAUUUCAACAUGUUGAAAAAAUCAACUCUAAAAACAACUCUUCAUCUUGGACAAAAUAAAUUCGUCGUCUUCAUCAAGUUCAACGUUUUAAUACAUAUAUCCAUAUAUACAGGAAAUAUUUUUAAUAUCUCUCGAAAGACGGACAACUUUUGAAAAAUUCUAAAACAUGACACUAUUGUCUAGCGUCAUAUAUAUUUAGAUAAGUAUAAUUAUGUGAGAAUAUAUGUACAUAGGUAUACAUGUAAAACAAAGGGUCAAAUAAUGGAUCAAGUAUAUUUUAUCAUGUCCAAAACCAUGCGAAGAAUAAGUGACCAUGAAAUUUUAUACAGCUCAUUUUUAUAUCAAGAAAAAGAUUACCUACUACUUUAGAAAACAUACACACGCUCUGUUCGUAUGUAGGAAAAGGAAGAAAAAACUAAAUUCUGAAGACCUGCCGGAAAGCUUAUCAAGUUUGAAAAGAUAACGUCGUGUCCAUAUCCUGUUCGUAUUAUGAUGAUGCUGUGCAUUACACUAUAUGUAUAUCAGCCUAAAGUCUCACAAAUAAUCUACGCAGUCACUUGAUUUGCAUAUUUCCUUGCGCAUUAGCGAGCGAGAUAUGAGAGUUGAGCCGUUGGGCUCAAUAAUAAAUCUUGAGAAAUGAGAUAGAUCGAGCUGAGCACUGCGCGUUUUAUUCAAAUGAGGUGACAGACUAUUCUAGAUAUUGACUUUACCUUUUGACUCUAAACAUUAUUUUAUCUUUUGUCUCUUAUCUUAAUAUAUAAGCAAGAUUUUUCAUUUAUUGUGAUGCUAAUCGAUAACAGAACUUGUAAGUAAAACAUUCCACUUUUAUUCAAAUAACGAAAA